UUCAUCAGUUUAGUUUUUAAAUUACAAAUUCUAUAAUCCAGAUUUUUGUGAAUUAUUCCAACAACUGUAUAGUGUGUGAACUGUGAAUAAUUACAUCGAUCUUUGUCAUUUUUGUGAUCCAUAAGUGAAUAAAAGAAUAGAGAAUUAUAGACAUAGUUGGCUACGGCGUUUUUACUUUUUAGUAUACGAAUGACAACACCAUCAGGUAUGCUUCAAGAUCAAGAGUAGCGAGCGGCAGCAUGUUGCCGAUCCGUGUGCGGCGCGUGGUUGGCCACGAGAGACGUGACAAUGACGUAUUGUUCCACCCGGCGCGGCAGAAGCCCGCCUCGCCCGAGACGCUGGUGUUCUUCGGCGGUGACGUACAGGAUUACGAGGAGGUGAUGCAGACCCAUCGUGACAACAGGAACUACUUGAAGUGGAGUCUGGAGAACACCGCACGAAUGUUGAGCGACAGUUUUCCGACGAAACACAUCGUCGUAGUGCGGCCAUCUCGUUGUUCCAGGAUAGAGUACAAGAGCUUCAGCUGCUACGACAACUUCGUGCCCAGCAACAACGCGGGUGUGCCCGACCACACUCCGACGCACAGCGCACUGCACCACUUGGAGAAAUUGCUCCAAGAGGUCAGCAGCCGCGUUAAGGAGCUGCCGGUCCGCGAGCUAUGCGAGGCUGUGGUGAGUGCCCUCAUCACCGAUGAUGAUGACAUCGAGAUCACGCCGUAUCAUUCAAACGAAGCCGUGGGGUGUAGUAAGUCAAACGGAUCCAGUAAAGCAGUCGACACGGCGCCGACGGGGGCGCAGUCGGUCGCUGCACAACACAAGCAGGAUUUACAUCCGCUGUGGUGGCGCGAGAGUCUGGCGCUCGACGACAGCCAGCUGUGCCUGGUGGGGUUCAGUAAGGGCUGCGUGGUCCUCAACCAGCUCAUCUACGAGUUCCACUACACCAAGACCCUGACGCCGUGGGACGCGCACGUGUGCAGGUUCAUAGACAGGAUAGAGUCAAUGUACUGGUUGGACGGCGGACACGCGGGCGGGAAGAACACCUGGAUCACGUCCCGGAGUCUACUGGAGACGCUCACCAGGCUGGACUUGCGCGUGUUCGUCCACGUGAGCGGGUACCAGGUACGUGACGAGGCGAGGCCCUGGAUCGCCCGCGAGGAGAAGUGUUUCUCAACGUUGCUCAGGAAACUUGGCGCCAACAUCCAGAGGUUUAUGCAUGACGAAGGAGGGACUCAUUCUCUGACCUCUCACUUCGAUGUGCUCGCCAACUUCAAGAAGGUUCAGGAGUCCAGACCUGCCGACCCCCAAGACUCCUCCGAAGAUGAGGCUUAGCAGUGCUUGGAUUUGAGGAUGUGUGUUCAUUAAUCACAGACAAAUGUCCUGAGCUGGUGAUGUGGACUUCAGUGAUCAAUGUUCAUAUAUAAUCUGUCUUGCAGGCAGAUGAGACAUUCCUUGUAUGGCAUUUAAGGUGACGGACGCAGUGAGGUGUGAGAAUCGUUUCACGUAACGCUCUAAGUCUCCGAUGUAAACGCGGCUUAUCAGAUGAACUUUCUGCUUAUUUUGUCACUUGCUCUCAUAAAAUAAGUUUUAAAUCCAUUUCUUUGUAUAAUAGUUAUUUAUGCAACUGUUGUGUAAUAAAGGGUAUUAAAACACGAAUGAUGUGGGUGAUAAUAGUAUCACAUGAGUGCACCAACAGUUGCAUACAAGACUUCAUUUACACCCAUAAAAUGAAUCCUCUAUAAAAGAUUCUGAAACAGUUAGCUCACUUCUAUCAUUAAAACAGCCAGUCCUAGUAACCAUAAUAUCAUCCAAAGGAGUGUUAUUAUGAAAACGAAUGAUGUAAUGUUGUACUGAAUUUCAUUACAACACUCGUUUGGAUGAUGUUAUUAUAUAUACUCAUUAAAACACCCAUGGUUAUAAGAACCAUGGGUGUUUUAAUGUUGGCAAUAAGCUGUUUUAGAAUCUUUAAUUUAGAGGAUUUAAAGCAUGCGUGUAAUUAAAUGUAUUUUUUAGAAGAUGUGGUAGUACUUAGUAAUACUUGAAUUAUUUUCUAAUUUGUAACCUCCGUGCGUUCUUUGUUAUGACUUCACUAACACGGUGGUGUUGACAGAGGGCUAAUCCCUUUUACAACGCGCGGGGAUUACGAGUACUUUUAUUGUUUUAAAUAUUUGUUUUAGCGUCUCUUGUGUAUAUAACAUAUUAGUAUUUCAUUCCUGUCGUCUUCCAAAUGUACGUAAUUUGCUUUUAUAGAUGAAUAAAAAUUUAAUAAGAUCAUCUGUGAGAAGUAUGUGUUACUUUAUUUUUGAUGUAGUUGUUGUGAAAUAAAUAAGUAGUGCUAGAAUAAUUUAAAUAAUAUUUUCAAUUAUUUUUCAUGUUAUUUAACUUAUGGGGUCUGAUAAAAUUUGAACAAAUAAUUCAUCAGACUCAAUUGCGAUUAAUGGAAUAUAUAUUAACUUUUCUUUGUCGAAACGAACACAAAACAGAAAACGAAGUAAAAAAUAAUAAGUCGAUCAAGUAUGACUAGACACUGUAUAGAGACAGGCAGUACUUUUAUAAGAUCGCCUUAUAUGGAAUUAAAUUAUAUGUUGUUUAAGCGGCAAAAAAAUUACUGUUUAAAUAUUGGGGUUUUGAGUCUUAGGCCUCCGUUUAUUGUAUCCCUUUGUACCCAAACCCUUGGGACCCUAAAUUGUAGGUAUAUUCGAUAAGUUAUAACGGUCUGCAAAGUUUAACUGAAAUUUAUAUAAGUAAUAUUACUGAUAAAAAUAGGUACAAACAUUUAUACGAUUAAUAUAGAUGUUUGUUUCCGAGUCAUGAAUGUCUAUAUGUAUGUUUAAAAGUAAGUAACUUUUAGGUAAGUAUAUUGUAUAAUAUAUAUUGUUGUCUUGUACCCAUAGUACGGGCUAUGCCUAGUUUGGGGCAAGAUAAUUUGUGUCAAAGUGUGUCAAUAUGAUUAUUAUUAAAUAGAAUGCAACAUGGUGGUUUCAUAAUAUAAACUAGAUGCCUGACUUCCUUCAAGAUGUCUUACUCUUUUUAACAGGCUUGUUGUAAUUUAACAUUGGCUACGAUGAUUACCUAGUUAUAAACUAAUGCAAUUCACGUAGGAAUGUAAUUUUAAUAUCAAUAAAAUACAUCCCAUGUGACCUAGUGACAAUAUAGCAUUCAAGUUCAUGUGUCAUUUGAAAAGCGACGCCAUCUAGCGGUCAGUUAAAUCACAGGAAAAACAGACUGAUAUAUAAAAUUUCACAACUUUCUGAAAUUUUUCGAAACAGCGACGAAUUUGUAUAAUAUGUGUUAUAUUGGCUCAUGAAGUGUCUGUUAUAAUUAUAUUAAUUUUUAGUACUUUAUGUAUUAUAUAAAGUAAUUUAAUGCUUAUGCUAUUUAGCGGAAUGCUGUACGAUUUAUUUUCUUAUUUGUAGCGAAUUAUUUAGUUUAUUAUUACUGUUGCAGUUGUUCGGAAUGUGUGCAAUUCAGGACAAAGAUCACCUAAAAGACUAACCAAACAGGUUUAUGGGAAUAUGCACAUUUGUUUUAAUUUUACGCGCAAAAUUUGUAAAAAUCUAGGAUAAUGCGUCUAUAAUAAUAAUAUUAAUUUUAAGUUCUGGGAAAUUCAAAGCUCAAAAUCGCGACGCCAUUGGACAUAUCAUGGUGUCAUUUUUAACCAAUCACAUUGUUUGUUUAUUUUUUAAUUCGGGUCCGCAGUUGUUGGAUAUUUAAUAAAAUUAAAUAGGUAUUAAGAAAUAUUACAUAAGUUUCUUGGCUGAGGAUAUAAUUAUCAUUUAUAUUUAAUAAAAUUGAUGCGUAUUCCCUAUUCUUUUAGUGCUUCUAGACUUCCGAAGAAAUUUGUGCAAUGUUAUAUUAUUUAUUUUCAUUUGCCUAAAAGUAAAACUAAAUUCUUGCACUAUUGUUAUCACAUAAUAUAGUUUUAUGUAUUGAUUGUAUAUAAAUUGUGUAUUAUUUCGUGUAGAAUAUAGUUAUAGCUAAGAUUUAAUUCUAAAGUGAACACUAAGUUGUCUUGAUCUCAUCAUCGACGAAGCUAUUAUUUAAGAGAUACCUAAAUAUACAUUAUUUUUACUCAAA